AUGCGUUCAGUAAAGAAGAGGUGGACUAUCUGCACCAUAAGCGUCCUUCUGAUCUUUUAUAAAACGAAAGAGAUUACGAGAAGCGAAGAGCGCCAGGAUUCUCAACUCAAUGGAGAAGGGGAGCUCACUCUCAGUAGGCUGAUGGUAAAUAAUUCAGACAAGCUCCUUCGAAAGGAAGGCUCAUCACUUUUUCACCACUCUGGAGAAGGCUGGAAAAUCAAUUCUUCCCUGGCUUUGGAGAUAAGAAAGGAUAUCCUCCGGUUCUUGGACGCCGAGAGAGACGUAUCUGUAGUUAAAAGCAGUUUCAAGCCUGGAGAUGUAAUUCAUUAUGUCCUGGACAGACGUCGCACUCUAAACAUUUCGCAGAAUUUACACAGUCUUUUGCCUGAAGUAUCACCCAUGAAAAGCCGUCGGUUUAGGACGUGUGCAGUCGUGGGAAAUUCUGGAAUCCUCCUCAAUAGCGGAUGUGGCAAAGAGAUUGACAGCCAUGACUUUGUAAUAAGGUGCAACCUAGCUCCCGUGGUUGAGUUUGCUGCCCAUGUUGGAACCAAAUCUGACUUUAUAACGAUGAACCCAUCGGUUGUACAGAGGGCAUUUGGAGGUUUUCGCAAUGAAAGUGACAGAGAGAAAUUUGUCCAUAGACUUUCCAUGCUCAAUGACAGCGUCCUAUGGAUCCCUGCUUUCAUGGUCAAAGGCGGAGAGAAGCACGUUGAAUGGGUUAAUGCAUUAAUCCUCAAAAAUCAGCUGAAAGUGAGAACAGCGUAUCCAUCACUGAGACUGAUUCAUGCUGUCAGAGGGUACUGGCUAACAAACAAAGUUCAGAUCAAGAGACCAAGCACAGGACUUCUCAUGUACACAUUAGCAACUCGAUUCUGUGAUGAAAUUCAUCUGUAUGGAUUUUGGCCUUUUCCUAAGGACGUCUAUGGAAAUCAAGUGAAAUAUCAUUAUUAUGAUGAACUAAAGUACAAAUAUUUUUCCAACGCAGGCCCUCACAGAAUGCCCCUGGAAUUCAAAACUUUGAAUUUAUUACACAACAAAGGAGCACUUAAACUGACAACUGGGAAAUGUAUAGAGCAAUAA